AUGAUAGCCGCCAAUGAUUGUUCACCUCCCUCCAAGGUGGACAACAUCCGAGCCGGACUGAACCUGCCUGCUCCGACACCGCACACUCUCAGGUAUCUGCGAGCAAUCCUUGGUCUGGACGACUCAAAACCUCACAAUAAUAUCCAUGCCACGACAAAAGACGUCCCAAAUAAACCUGUCAGAGCCCGUAAUCCUUCACGGACCGCAGGUAAACCCUGCCGCAAUGGAGUCUCGCGAGUGCCAGUCCAUGAAAGUUGCGACGGACAGACCCCAAGACUAUCACCGGCAGACCGCCGCCAGAUCGCUACAGAGGUUUUCAAUACCACUCUUAAACACCUUGGUCAAGCUGCUAAGGGUGGGCAGACCGCUUCAACGUCAAAGACCACAGGGACUACACCUCUACGACGGCCCACUGUGCAACGAGCCCUUGACGAACUGUCACCUAAUAAAGAGAACAAAAAGGAUGUUGUAUCUCCGAAGAAGGGUUCGAAACAAUGCGCUGCCCCAGAUCUGUCUGUGAUAGCGGAUGUUUCACACGUCGCCCUGAAGUAUCUGCGGGAAUGCGGGGACAAAGAGCAUACAAAGGCCGGUACAAAUGACAAGAGCUUGGACAACGCUUCUUUGAUAUUGCUGGACAGAACCAUUACGUUGCACCUUGUAGCCCAAGCGCAAUGCCAGCUUUGCGAGAUACACCUAUCAUACAUGAGAGCAAAGACAACACAGGCACAUUCUGUCACGGAAGACGCAAGUGUCGCCAGAUGUUUACUGGGUCGGCCAGAUGCUGUGGACGACACCUCGGCUUUCGGGUUUACCACGUCGAUGCAAAGCCAGGGCCUUCGCUUAGCUAUCUUGCUAGGACCAAAAGCAAUUACCAGACAACUGCUUCAUGCACUCCAGCCGGAGACCGUCGGGAGUCCUGCCUGGAUGACUAUCCAAGGCCUUCAGAAGAAACUGCAUAAUGCCGAACAAGCAGGCAAACAGCUCCGGACGAUUUCUCUGGCUCUAUCCAAGUUAUAUUCGAUUGGACAAAAGUCGGACGGGCAUCAGGUUGCGCCCACAGACCUCUUCGAGCUGUUUUGCCUUGCUCUCAGACUGAAAUUCAAGUCAUGGAAACACUUACACCAUUCGCCCGACCCGGAGGUGGAUGUUUGGCGACAUUUUCAUGCCGCUCUCAAGAGAUUACUGGCCACAAGCACUCCGUCAGCGCCUUUAAUGUCCGUUGUCCAGCAUCUACGUGUGUUCCAGCAACUUCUGAGAGCUGGUGGCGCGAAUCCGGGGAUUCCUCUCGGGGUGAUUGAAGCAGUGAUAACGCAUACACAAGGUUCCACACCGCAUACAGAAAUCUUACUACUUGCAGAAGAGCACAUGCAGGGAGCAAGCGGCACCAUGUCUCUCAUUUUAUGUUGUUAUCUGACAACGUCCCGGUUGAAGAUGCUUCCGCAGGAUCUGGAUGUCACCGUCGACUCGAUUGAGCGUACCAUCAUCAAGUUUCGUGAAGAGUCCCACAUGUCGCCACCAGAUUUUCAGAAGCUUCUUGUCUAUUCCGCUCAUCUUCGCAAAGCAACUCUGGAGGCUAUGGCGGUAGGAAAGAAUGUUGAGAACGAUCACAACGCGCUGCCAACCGCAAAGAGCUUGCAAUUAUCCGCCGCCAGAUUGAUUUACGUCUCGUCCAGACUUUUACUUGACAACAUGCAAGUAUCCUUCGCUCAUGCUAGAGCUGGCUCAGGAGAAGCACCCUCUCUUGGAUUCUUGACAACUGUCGUCAAGACCAUAGAGGCUGUUCUAACUGCCGAGAAGUGGCCAGUCUCACAAGCUCCAGAAAUCGAAGCUACAGCACGUGAUGCUCUCAUAUCGUGCUCUACCAUGAUCCAGCUUCUUCGUGGGAAGUAUUCCAGCCUGGUCUCGAAUAAGACGAUCAAAACAGCCGUUGUCCAGCUGAAUGUUCGAAUGUCCAACGCUUUUUGGGUCCGUUUGCUUCAGAUGGUGCAAGAACGAUGGGAGUUGGUGGAACAAAGAGCAAUGUUGCAAUUAUCGCUCAGGGGCUUAACGGAUUUGCCAAUGGCCGAACAGAAAGCUGCUUACUUCAGCCUCAAAUGUGAGAAACUAGCUGUGUGUUAUCAGGAAUUGGGUGAUCAUCAAGCGGCGAAGUCAAUGCUUCAGAACGCAAUCGACUUCCACAUCAAGGACGGUAUUCUCAACGAUGUGGUGGAAUCUCUGCUGUCUGGUCACUUUCGCUCAGCAUGGUCCCGGCAUGAUUUACAUGGCAGGUCCUUAGCAGCGAACCUCGUCCUGCGCGUUCGAUGGUCGCUUGAAAACCCUUCUGCAGCCGGAGAUUCGGAUAUCCUCUACGACGACCCUUCACUACCUCCAUUACACCGUGCUGUCUUGUUGGAGAAGCAAAUUUGUGCGAUGGGCGAAAGUAGCCUAAAUGAACACCAAUUGUCUCACUGGCAGACGCGGCUGCAGUUCAUUCUCAGCCUCCUUGACGAGCCUCAAUAUCGUGUCUACAGAUUGCGGUUUGCCAAUAUGAUGGUGCAACUCGCACUGAGGAAAAGGAUGGCAUGUUCAGCGUUCCUAAUAGAUGCAGAACAGGCCAAUUCGCUGCUCGCCUCAAGAAAAAGCGGUGACAAAAAGCCUUUUCUCCACGAGUUUGAGUCAGGGCUCGUUGCGAUAUUUACUCUACAGUUCGCCUUCCUUACGGGCCAGACCACGAACGGCCCUCUAGAAGAAAAAAUCAAGCGACUUUCCGAAAUCAUCCAACCCUGCAAGACGAUCGAGGAUGCAGACAAAGUGUUUGCGGAUAUUGAGAAUACUGUCUUCCCAUUACGGCUCAGUAUCGACUGGGCCAUGACAUUUGGUCACCCUGCCGUUGCGCUCGUCGCGUCAGAGACACUCUACCAUGUAAUAGAGUUAACAAAUCAUCCUCCAGAGGCCAAGCUGAGUGUGCUUCUUCAGCUAUGCAAGAUACACAAUGCGCUGCAAGACGUUCGAUCUGCUGCAACGACGAUUGCAAGGGCGGACAAGCUGCUGGAUACUGUGGAGAGCCGUGCACUUCUAGAGGUUGAGCUUGCUUUGUCACACGUUGAGCAUUGCCUCAGCGUCGAAACAUAUGAGGAAUGCCUUAAUUGGCUUGAUCGCGCCCGAGAUGCAUGGGACGCUCAAAAGGGAACAGGGGAAUCUUCCUCCAGCAAGUCUCGUCUAAAGGAACAAACGUUGCUCUGUACCGCGGCCCACCUGGCAUCACGACUUGCCUUCCUCCAAGGCCGGUUGUCUGAAGCGACUGUCUGCGGAAGACAGGCCGCCAAGAUAGCUGGAGUCAUCUGGUUGUCCAUUGAAAAGGCAUGCAAGGCUGACAGUUCAUCAAUGCAGUCGUCGGCCGAUGACCAACAUGUAUCGGGAAUUACACUUGACCUCUCGAGACUGACUCUGUCGCAUCACUCGGCCCAGCCGCUGAAAGGAAGCGCAGUGGCCUAUUGGCCACAGAUAGCCCUGUAUUGCUCGGUGCUUAGCAAUCUCGCAACAUUGAAUGCACACUGUGGCCUGUAUCAGGCAGCCACAUGGUUUUAUGAAGAGGGUCUGAAAGUGGCAAGAAAAGCUGGACAACAUGAUCUUGAAGCGGGCGUCAUCAGCAACAGAGCUUUGUUGCAUGCGCGUGCCGGCCAGCUUGACAAGGCGCGGCAGGACCUUGAUGACCUGGCCCUCAUUCCGAACGACAAGUUGCGCCCGCCCAACCAGACACUCGUUUUGAUAAAUCGAGGUGAUGUCCAACUCCUUCUAGGAGACUUCUGCUCGGCCGAGCAUUGUGUCAAGCAGGCCCGACUGCUGUUGAAACCCGACCUGACACCUACGAAAUGCACUCCGGUUGUUUCAGGUGCAGGGAAGAAGGCCAGCAGAACGGUGGCAAAGACUCCUGCAAGGAAGACGACCGCCAGAUCACGGACGCAAACCGCUCAAGCGGCUGCUAAAGCUACGGCGGCCAAAGCAUGUCUCCCAACCCCGACGGUGGAGCUACGGGCUUUGGCCGAAGGUUUGAGUGCUCUGGAAUCUGGUCUGCAGCUGUGCACGAACAGACGCAACGGCAGUGCCGAAAUGGAACCGGACUGCGUGGCUGAUGCGGAUCCCCAAAAUCCGCGCAAGUCAGUUGCGGACGCCCUGGCCCUCGUACAAACAGCGUUGAAGCUCUUCUCCGAGGAUGCAGACAAUAAUGUACUUGCAGAGACAGCCAUGGCACUGCCUGUGCGAUACCGUUCUUCAAGGAAAAGCGGCAGGGUUUCAUUUGUGCAGGACCCUGCCUUACUGGUUAGAGCGGGUAAGCUGCCAGAGCUGGGUGAGAAAAAAGGCCAAAAGCGUGCAAAUGAGAGCAGAGGCAGGGAGGGCAAAGCUUUGAUCUCGGAAGCAUACCAAAUACUGUCUGGAUUAAGGGAUUGUCCACAGAGUCGGAUUUCUUCCGACAUAAUCCAUACUACGCACAAGAUCCUGGCCCAGAUCAGCCUAUUGUCAACGGCUUUGGGACAUCCCUUCGUGACCUCAUCCAAGGAGCUGGUAUUCGAUAAAUGCCUCCCGUUGGAUCUGGCGCGGAAACGAGAACGCUUGAUCACAUUGAGUGAACAAGCCACGACCGACCCCGGCAACGUUCAAUGUUGGCCAAGCGUGGGGGUGGAUCAGGUCUCUCAAGACUCUGAGGAUCUGGAUAUUGAUCUGGAUAUUGAACUGGACAGCCUACCUGCAUCCUGGUCCAUCGUCUCUCUUGGUCUAAGCGACGACCGUAGUGAGCUCCUUGUUGCCCGGUUGAACGCUGGAAGGUCACCAUUCAUCGUCCGAAUACCAUUGACACGGCCAGAAGCAUCCGAAACAGAGACAGAAGACCUGGACUUCGACAAAGCCAAAGCAGAGUUGCAAGAUAUCAUUGCCCAAGCCAACUCAAGCUCCCACGAUCCCAGGGGCUGUUCAGCCGAUAAGUCUCUGAGAAAAGCAUGGUACAAUGAGCGUAAGGCAUUGGAUCAACAGCUUGCCACACUUCUGGACAAUAUGGAGAAUGUGUGGUUUGGAGGCUUCCGCGGGCUGCUGUCGGCGCCUGAAAUAGAUGACAACGCACUCCUCAGGUUCGGCCAGAGCUUCUCCAAGAUGCUGAACAGACACCUUCCUUCACGGAGGAAAGCUUCAAAAUCGGUCGACACAAAAAUCGAGCUCCACAGCCAUGUCCUCGAGCUUUUUGUGACGCUGGGUCAUCCUCGAGAAGCCGAGCUGGAGGACGCCAUCGUAGAUCUGCUCUACUUUGUCAUCGAUAUUCUUCAGUUCAACGGCGAGCGGAACGCCUACGACGAGAUCGACUUCGACGCCAUGUUGGUUGAGGUACUGGAUGCCUUGCAUUCAUACCAUGAAGAGCACAGCAGACGAGCACAGGAGAAUCCAAACUCACACGUGAUCUUGGUUCUGGAUAAGGAGUUGCAGGCAUUUCCGUGGGAAUCUAUGCCAUGCCUUAGAGGCCGACCUGUCUCCAGGAUGCCAUCGUUGGGUGCCAUAUGGCAGAGGCUGAAGGUCAUACAGGAUCAAUCAAGCCAAAACGACGGCUAUACGAUACCAUCCACAGAAGGCACGUAUAUUCUUAAUCCGUCGUCCGACUUGACAUCCACGCAAGAGAUGUUUGGCCAGGCAUUCAUGACGCAACUCUCGCAGUUCAAGGCUAUUGUGAAUCGACCACCUGGAGAGAGCGAGUUUGAGGAAGCCUUGCACAACCGACCUUUGAUGCUUUAUUUCGGCCAUGGCGGAGGCGCCCAGUACAUCCGAGGCUGCAAGAUCCGGCGGAUGGACAAAUGCGCCGUGACGUUGCUCAUGGGCUGCAGCAGUGCCAAACUGACGGAGUGUGGCGUGUACGAGCCGUAUGGCAUGCCUUGGAAUUACCUUCAAGCCGGCAGUCCCGCCGUGGUAGGCAAUCUGUGGGACGUGACUGACAGGGACAUUGACCGGUUUGCCAUGAAGUUGAUGAAUCAAUGGGGAUUGAUACAGGGCACAACAGAAGGUGGUGGUAGUUCUGCAAAGACAGGCGCUACCGGGAAAUCAGGCAAGACAAGGUCUACAGAAGGCGAGAAGAUGGGAGCCGUGUCUCUUGAUCAGGCCGUGGCUGAAGCGCGCGACGAGUGUCUUUUGAAGUAUUUGAAUGGUGCGGCUCCGGUCAUGUAUGGAGUGCCGGUGUUUUUGAAGUAG